AUGGUUGGGAUCGGGUUAUUUCUCUAUUAUAAUUUUUUGCCGACUUCGCAUUCACUUGCAGUCUUGCGAUCAUCAUCAUCAACAUCACCAUCACCAUCACUAUCAUCAUCAACGUCACCAUCAUCAUCAUCAUCAUCAAACCCUUUCACAACACUAGCACCAUCGCAAUAUAAAGUGGUAGAGAUGAAUGAUCGUGUUCCAUCCUUUAAAUUAGCGACCUAUAAUGGACAACCACCGUACGCAGAAGGUGAUCGAGCCCAAACAGCCAUUGUGAAUAGUCUUCAAUUAAUGAAAAGAUGCGCACAAGAUCCAUCACUCAUUGUUGUCGAUGUUGGUGCCUUCGUUGGCGAAUUCGGAUUAUAUGCGGCAGCAUGUAACUGUCAGGUGUUUCUUUUUGAAGUACAACCACAUAUGGUUGAUCUUAUUCGAACAUCGAUUUCACUCAAUAAUUUCUCUACUUCACGUGUUCAAGUUAUGCAAAAAGCUGUUAAUGAUUUACCUUCCAAUUCUCAACUACAGUUUUCUCGGGGUGGUGGUGAAACAACAGUAUCUAAUGGAACUUUGUAUGCAUCUACAAUUCGUCUCGAUGAUAUUCACUGGUCACCACAAUCAUCGAUUCUUAUGUUAAAAGUUGAUGUCGAAGGUUUCGAACUAAAUGUACUCCGUUCGGCCGAAAAAUUAUUUCGUGAAAAGCGUAUCCAUCAUUUAAUUUUUGAAUACACAGCCUGGUGGACAGACAGAGCACCUCAAAAAGAUCUUAUACCAUUCGUUGAAAAAACUCUUGGUGCGAAAGAAUUGUUUGCAUUAGAUCGAUCAGCUUAUACUGUUUAUGGACCUCUGACUAGAGAAGCACUAGAUCAUUUUCAUGAUGAUCAUGUCAAACAACAUCUUCAAACUGAUAUCUACGCCAUUUUCGUCGAACCCAAAGAAAAAUCUAAUUUACAAGUUAAACCAUACCAGCCUAAAAUAUCAUUCGCAUGA